AUGUCCUUAGCUCAGCAUGUCUCCUCCGUCGAAGGUGUUGACGAGGAUUACGACGACGCGGAGCUUCGCCUCGAGCGCUUUCCGAGUCUCGCGUUGAGCUACGAUCCGCUCCCAGCAAUUGCUCAGGGACCGAUCGAGAAGUUUGAAUCACAGGCUGCAUAUGAAGUCUCACAGAGGAAACGAAUAGCACAAAUACUAGUUGGUGUUGUCAGCUGUGUCACUGCGUCUGGGAUCGUCUUUGGUUUCGAUGCUCUCAAGACUAUCUUGACCCAGGAGAAGGUCUACCGAGAAUAUUGUAGCGAAGAGGAGCUUCUGGAAGGGGUGCAGCUUUGCUAUCUGCAGGAUCAAAGGCUCAAUCUCACAUUCGUCAUCGCUUCAGUAACGACAAACAUCUCCGCCCUCCUCGUGGGUGGAAUACUGGAUCGCUAUGGACCCAAAGUCUGUGGCUUCAUCAGCUCAAUCAUGCUUGCCCUGGGAAGCUUAAGCAUGGCUUUCGCCUCGAGUCUUCCAUUCGAUGGUUAUUUUGCAGGCAGCUUUCUGCUCGCUCUCGGUGGGACGUUCACCUUUGUGCCGUCUUUCCAUUUGGCCAACGCAUUUCCUCGCUUCCAAGGUCUGAUCCUGGCUCUCGUCACUGGCGCUUUCGAUGCGUCGGCGUCCGUCUUCUUGGUCUUUCGGAUCAUCUACCAAUCCACGGGCGGGAACUUUUCACUACGGCAGUUCUUUCUCCUCUUCCUCGUUGUGCCGAUAUUUAUCUUCACCACGCAGAUUCUGAUUAUGCCUCGCUACAUCUACGAGACCCGUGCAGAGCUGACAACGAAAGUGGAAUUGGCCAGCGAUCCUACACAGGAUAUGCACGAUAGUGAUGAUGAAUUUCAGAGCGCUGCAGAGCUUAUGCAGGUGCGAACGGAAAGGGCAGUCCGGAGAAGGCAAUCAAUUGCCUCGAUCAACGAGCUCCUUGGUGACCAGAGCGAGAGGCACGAGUUCGAGAAGAAAGAAGGAGUCAAGCACACCACCAGUGGUGUCUGGGGCGUCAUGCAUGGAGUACCUGCUCUUCAGCAGAUGAUGUCUCCUUGGUUUAUUCUCAUCACGAUGUUUACCGUGCUGCAAAUGAUGCGCUUCAAUUUCUUCAUCGCCACGAUCUGGACCCAGUAUGUUUUCAUGCUUGGUUCCUCCCGAGAAGCCACCAAGGUGAUAGAAUUCUUCGAUGUCGCCCUGCCCAUCGGAGGUGUUGUCACAGUCCCCUUUAUCGGAUUGCUGCUCGACAAUGCGAGCACAGUCGCAGUAUUGAAUCUGUUGGUUUUGCUGAGUACAAUUAUCGGUAUCCUCGGUGCAGUGCCAACUCGCUGGGCUGCUUAUGCGAAUGUCUGUCUUUUCUGCGUGUUUCGCCCAUUGUACUAUUCUGCCAUGUCCGAUUACGCCGUCAAAGUCUUCGGCUACGCAACAUUCGGCACCGUCUACGGAACCAUAAUCUGUUUGUCCGGCGUCUUCACAUUCGCACAAUCCGGGCUCCAAGCACUCCUGCACAAGACCUUCGAAGACGACCCCGAGCCUAUAAACCUCGGCCUGGCAACGGCCGGACUGGUCUUGGGCAUCUCACUCGUCAUGUACGUGGACAUCAAGGGCCGCACCAUCCAACGUGAAAAGAUUCUCGCCAAAAAUCCCGGUGCUGCUGUUGAUGACAGCAGGUGGAACGGUGCUUUGCCGCCUGUGUCCUCACCCUCGAGGAGAGGCAUUGUGGACGAUCCUGAAAGGCAAAGCCUUCUGCCACACCGUGCUCUCAGGCCGGUUAUGAGUCGUGAUCUGAGUACUGUACAAGAGCGAGCAGAGCCUGCAUGA